ACAAGCGUCACGCUAGCUUCAACUCUAGUACGGCUUUUCUUCGCGUCUUCCUUCACCGACUUACGCCAGAACCAGAGUUCGGCAAGUAUGCCAACGCCUAGUGGCUUGCUAUGGCGAUGUCAAGGCUGCCUUCGCCUCGAGCCUUUGUGACGCAAUUGCUGAAUUCGCUACCUUCGUUGCAACAACGCGAUGCCAGUGCGGAGCCGAGCUCACUCAGCGAUGCGCCGGAGAUCGUGAAGAAGCAGCUGCUAUUGCUGCAGGUUCUGUUUCCUAACGAAUUCCUUCCAGCGCUGGACCUCCUUGACAGGAACCUUGUCACUUGCUUUAUCAUUGGCAUCGAGAAGCCCCCAGCUCCGUCUACCAAUAGGACGACCUCAACAACGGACAUACCUAUACAGGGCAGUGACGAGUUAUUGAGUACCUGCCCAGGCCCUGCAAUACAAGAGAAACCAUCCACGAGCUUUCUGCCCGUACCACGACCCCCUUCGAGUAGCGAUACAAUUUACUACGUCCGCAGCGCGCAACAACGCUCCUCCCGCUUCAGCACAUCCUACGACAGCAUCAUGACCUACGAGGUGCGACUCGGCGCAUGGAACUGCACAUGUCCCGCCUUCUCCUUCGCCGCGUUCCCGGCUGUACACCCUGAACCACAUCUACCAACCUUCAUACCCAAGCCGACAUCCUCGGUGAACCAGGAUAUGCAAGAUGAGAAUGUAGAAGAAGAGAAGAGGAAGGUUGCGGAGUGGAUGUUCGGUGGGGUGAGUCUGGGACAGGAGAUGCCGCCGGUGUGCAAACAUCUGUUGGCGUGCGUGCUGGCGGAGAGGUGUAGGGGUGUUUUUGGGGAGUGUGUGGAAGAGAGGGAAGUCGGUAUUGAGACGGCUGCUGGGUGGGCUGCUGGAUGGGGUGAUACUUGACUGUGGUUUGAAUAUAAGGAGCUGGAGGCCGCGAGGUCUGUGAGCUUGCUGUGGGAGAUGUGAUACCCAGCCUUGGCAGCGCGGUUUAUUGACUGAGUAGAAAGACACAACGCCAAAAGCAUGGUGACGAUUAGGGCUGGUCCUUUGACGUGAUGCA